AUGGAGCAUUAUUCACAAUACUUGAGAUCAUGGGAAGAACAAGCUUUCGCUGAAGACGUCGGAGAAGGGCUUCUAGGGGGAUUCAUAUGGCCUCCAAGAUGUUAUUCUUGCAGUUUCUGCAACAGAAUAUUUAAGUCGGCUCAAGCGCUUGGUGGUCACAUGAAUGUUCAUAGAAGAGACAGAGCUAGGUUAAAUCAGCCUCUUUGUUUAAAAACUGGUGGAGCUGAUAAAUUUUUUAACUCGAAAUCUCCAAACAGCUUGUAUUCUGAAACAGAGGCGGUUAAAAUAAUUCAAGGUACGAAGAAACUUGCAUGCAGGAACCCUAUAUUAAGGAAAGAAUCAGCGGUUGAGACUGGCUUAUCCGUGGGAUUAAAUUUUUGUGUUGAAGGAAAUCGAGGAGCUGAGCGUACCGGUGUCGGUGGUGAUAUUAAGAGGCGGAGGACGGAUUGUUUACUGUAUAUAGAUUGUUCAAGUAGUGAUAAGGACGGCAUUGACCUUGAGCUUAGGCUCGGGGAUUCACCGACGGUGCUAAAUUAG